GUGCGCCGCAUUGUCAUUGCAGAAUACUACAAAAUUAAAUAAGUUUAUGGCCAGCCAGCAGCCAAAGCGGUAUCUUGAAUGCAGGGUAUGUCAGUAAUCUACAAGUAUGUAGAACGUACAGUGUAAUCCUUCCAAAUUCCUCUGUACCGUGGCAUACGCCUAAUGAUUAACGGCCGUCAGACCACUCCCUCCUCUCACCAUUACUUCCACCAUGUCUUCCACCAACGGCCGCAAGGGGGGGUAUCACGCACUCGUCCGACAUUCCCUUCCCUCUUCCAUGAGUUCCCACCCGUUCCGGCACGUCAAGACCGCACAUCUCCCCUGUGCGCACUCGACCUCCUCAGCCCCGGGUAGAGCGGAACAGUCCACUCCGGGCUCUUCGCCAAUAUCCAAAGGCAUUGGACACCCGCCACCUGCGCAUCUGUUUGGAUUGAACAGGACGCUAACGCAUUCCCAGCCUUGCAUUCGGAAGCCUGUGCUUGGGGCUGAGCAUGCCAUCUGCCCGUGCGAGCAUGAGGGAGGGUCGAAGGACGGCAGUUGGGGUGAUUGUGGUGAUUGGAUGUUGAGUGCUACCGGGUGCAAUGCGUGGAGAGAGGGGGAAGGCGGCGACUUGAAAGAUGAGGAGUGUGG